AUGGCUCCUGCGACACACGCCCGUGUCGCCGACGAUGGCGCGCAGCAACUUUUAGAGCCACCGGAUUACGAUUCUUACUCCUGGGUGUUACUCGAAGACCAUCCGCUUCGAUAUCAUCCCACUGAAUGCUGCCCAGGAGUCUGGUGGAUGGUCCAGCAGUGCCACGCCACGUUCCGGAAGCAAUGGAGCGAUCGCAUAUUCUCGAUCAUCUGCCUUUUGUUGAUGCUCGGAGUGGUUGUGCAAUUCCUAUCAGUACUGCCUGAUGCAUUCUCUUAUCUCUUCUUCCAUGAGCACUACACAGCUCAGGCGGGGUUUGCGGAUAUCUGGCUUCAGGGCGAGGGGUUCUUUGUCGGUAACCCCCACGCGAGUCUGCGACCACACCUCACCCUGCGCAAUGUAUACCUGGAUCCUCUGCUGCAGCGCCUCGAGGAUAAGCAGACUUCGGAAGGCUCAUUGCUGCCUACCUCGACAACCCAUCGCGGGACUGAUGAUGACGAGUCGUUUGUUCUAUUCUUGGAGAUUCGAUCGCCGAUCCGAGAGGGCUGGCCUCAUCUUUUCACCGAGCUUCAGCGUUUGAUUGCAGGAGGGUAUGUUACUCACCGCAACGGUACCCGGAUCGUCUCGAAGGCUGUCACCAUUGCCAUUGUAGGAACGGACAACGAACAUGUCAGUCAUAUUUACGACGCAUUUCCGAAAGACCCCAUCCAGGAUAGCAUCUUUCUCGAUGAACGAUCAGCCAUAGCAGGACCCAACGCAGCGACCACACCUUCGGAGGACAAGGUUCAACUUUUCAAAGGCAAGGAUAGCCUGUCACGGCAGUCCUGGAAAGAGUGGAAAGGCCGAAAUUCGACACCGAAAGAGGUACAGGCCGAUGUACCAUCGCCGCUCACCACGACUGUCGACUUUAGCCAGGCCAUCGGAUCCCCGCAUCGAGGACGGCUUUCUCGAGCGCAGCUCGAGUUAGUCCGAGCUUAUGUGGAAGCGGCCCAUCACCUCGGACGCAGGGCGCGAUUUGAGAAUAUCCCAUGUUGCUCGAAGGAGAUGCGGCUCGUUAUUUGGCGGAUCCUGGUCAAUGAAGGCGCAGACUUUAUCGAUGUCGACUGGACAGGGUGUCCCCGCCGAGGAUGGCGACAGUUCUUAGCGGUCGGUCGGGGUAGUUGAUAGAUC